AUGGGGAGAUUGGCCAGCCACUCGGGCGCCAGGUACCCUCUGGUUCCCCUCACGCUGGUCAGCGUGCGAUGGCGGUGGUCCUUGGGAUGCACCAACUUGGCCAGGCCGAAGUCCGAAACCCUAGCGUUGAAGUUGUCAUCGAGGAGGAUGUUCUCCGGCUUGAUGUCGCAGUGGACGAUGCAGUCGCGGCACUCCUCGUGGAGGUAGGCGAUCCCCCUGGCGGUGCCAAGGGCCACGCCGAACCUGGUCUGCCAGGAGAGUGCCACCGUUGACGAUGGGGAGGAGGAGAAGAAGAGGGAGCGGUCUAAGGAGCCGUUCUUCAUGAACUCGUAGAUCAGCAGACGGUGGCGCCCCUCGGAGCAGAACCCGAUCAGCCGGACCAGGUUUAGGUGGUGGGUGCUACUGAUGGUGGCGACCUCCAUCCGGAACUGCCUCUCCCCCUGCUCAAUCCCCUCCAGCUGCUUCACGGCGACGACCACCCUGUUGGCCAGCACGCCCCGGUAA